CGAAAUCGGUGUUCUCUGUUUGCUGCUGCGUCAAACCCCAAAAUGGACUGUAUGCCGACUCUCUGCCUCCGGGCGCUUGUGCCUUCUUGCAAUCCUUCCGAGCGAGCAAGCAGUAUAUCUUGCUUGUGGCCUAACGUAUCACGAUGAGGGGGGAUCAGAGUUCGGAAGAGGGGUGGUCUGACUGAAGAAUCGACUGCAGGCUGCCUCGCUGCUCAGGGAUCCCACACCUUCCGACAUCCACGAUUCCACCGCAGGCGGUCGAAGGAAAUAGCCUCAAUGCCAGGAUUGGACGAGGCGGUGGGUACAACGCUCAUCGUCGCAAGCCAAUCCGCACUGGGUCGUGCCUCAGCUCGAGUGUGAUGAUGUCGACAACUUAGCUGCUGGGCGCGUCGAUGGACCAGAUCCUUCUUCUAGAGGUCGCAGUUUCCGGGGAGCCGCAUCGUUCUCGAAGUUUUAACGGCCUGGGAGUCGCCUGCGCUGGCAGUUGGCCCAGCAGGGAACGAUCUCGCUGUGAUCUUGCUGUCACCGCCGCAAAUCUGCUCGAUCCUCGCACCUGUACUACAACAGGAUGGAUGGUGUUCUUUCCCUCUGUCGGUAUACGGAAGAGGAAACCGUUGGCUGUCAUGCACGCACAGAAGAUUGUGGCGUCACGGAACGCGCCUCUUGUCCCUGACGGCACGGAAGUCACUCCCGCUAUCAGUCGCCCAGUCCCAUCCGGAAAUGAACAUCUUGUUCCUGCGUCUGCUAUUCAAUGCGACCUCGUAAUCGGCCCACGCUCGACCUUUUGCUCCUCGCCCGAUACGACGAAAUCGUCACGUGCUUUUUUGCCCAAAGCAGUCCAGCGGCUUCAGGGCCUCACGCGUAUGGCGGGUUGGUGGACUUGCGUAGCUCGGAUCGACCGGACGGUCUGCGUAGUGCCCGUCCGACUGGGGGAAGCGACUCGGUCGGAUGCAGGCCGGAAGAGUGGCGAUAACAGUUAGACCAGCACGAAGAUCUUUGUUACAGCCAGCGCCAUCGUGAGCAAGGAGCGGAUUCACCCUGGCCAGGUUUUCAUCCCUCCUGAGCAUGCUUUAGUCCAAAUUGCCGUCCCCGAGACCCUCGCCGAGGAAAUCAAGAUUCGUAUAGAGAAGUCGUUCGCUGCUGGCGAGGCGUACGACGCGAAACCUAUCCUUGGGUGCCGAUUGUUCAGUCAAUGUAAAGAAGCCACUUCCGGUGCCUGAGUGCAUCUGUGUGCCAGAGACGGGGAUUCUGUGUCCUGCCGUUUUCCAUGGGCUGGGUACCUCCGGUCAAAAUCUUGAAGACUGGCUAGUCUGUUCGCAGAAGCCCAUCAGCACAAUUGGACCUCGACAACUAUCGUGUCAAGCACGUAGACGCACCUGACUCCCCUCUCAUCCCCAUGACAGCGUCUUCCCUCCUCCUAAUCGUUGUCCAUGGCUCGUAUUCGACUUUCAUGGCCAGGAUCAUCUUGUCGGUCCGCUUCAUCUGUGCAGCGACCGAGUCGGGUUGUGCCGGCGGCUUGGUGCAUUCAAAGGUAGCGUAUCUUAUGUGGAUGCAUGAGCGGGCGAAGAUAUCUUCAAGAGUGGAGGAGCAAGUCAGGAUCCCGGUGCCCGCUAACGUUAUUGACGCCAAAUUCCAGGUUGCUGGCCGAUCAAGCAAACACGGGAGGUAUUCGAUAUUUUGCAUGGGGACGCCAGCAUUCCAGUCCCAACUCAACUCCAGCCAACAACGCACUCGAUGCAACGGCCGAGCGGGGCUGUUGUGCGCACUCUCUCGCGCUGACUCAGGAACCUGAUUAACUUUUUUGUCGCGUGGAGAAUCUCUCCCAGCCACGAAGCGGGACCACUGGCACUCUGCCAUCGAAAUAUUCGUAUAAGUGCUCUUAUCUGAGCCAUCGUGCCCCCAUUUUUCUUUCUUUCUCUGUGUGCAGACCUCAAUUCAAGACGUCUAGAACGAUGAAUCGGGGGUACUAUCGUGUGGCGUUUGUUCAGAUGACCUAUCUUGGACCCGUAGGCUCCUAUCCAGUGGGAGCGAGAAUGUCGUUCCUAAGCUGCACUUUCCCAUCCGCUAAGAAAUUUCUCCCUCUCGAGCGAGCCGUCAUUACCUCAGGGAAACCCCGGAAAUCACUUUCCUGCGCUGCCGGCCGUCCAGGAGAUUCUGCGUCGCUCAAGCAUGAUGCUUUUCGUUCACGCCUGAUCACCACUCGGUGAUGUCGAACGACGUUCCAGCACGCGAUGACGAAUAACGAACCAGCAUGCGAAACGGCUCACGGCGGUCCGCACCAGUCAAUCAACGCCUCAUGGGUCCGCGAGCAUCAGAACGGGUGGUGAUUUUGCUUUGCGCAGCUUCUCAUCCCAAUCACGAUCAUGCGCUUUGUACGUGCGCUUUGUACUCGUACUCGAUGUAUCGAAUGGUAGUACGUCCAGAAUGCAAUGAGAACGUCCAAUCGUCCGGUUGGUCCCA